AUGACUUUCGAUACAGAGAAAUUUAUUCGGGAAAUUGAAAGCCGUAAAGCAAUUUGGGAUAUAACAUCGGAAGAAUACAGUGAUCGGGAUUUAAAGAAAAGGAGAUGGGAAGAAAUCACGAACCAAAUGUGCUCGGAAAGUUUAUCAGAAAAUGACAAAAAAGAAUUUGGUAAAUCUAUACAGAGCAAGUGGAAGAACAUCAGGACUAGUUACAGCAGGGAGGUAAAACGCAGAGCUGGUAUUAAAAGUGGAUCAGCAGCUUCGCGUAAGAGCCCAUACGUAUAUUUAGAACAACUUCAUUUUCUUCGGCCUACCGUGGUAAUUAAUGAAACUCAAAAUAGCAUGGAUGAAACACGCACUGCCGAAAUCAACGCUAGCAGCGGUAGUACUCAAGGUGAACGACCUGUUUCCAAAAAGAAGAAGACAAGUGACGACGAUAAUUUGGUGCAGGUAUUAAGGGAAAGUAUUGUAAUGAGAGAAGAGCGUGAAAGACAGCAAGAGUCUGAUUCAGAUAGACUGUUAAUACUUUCACUUCUAGAUGAUUUUAAAAACAUCCCGAGACAUCGUAAGCUUUCUACAAAAAUGGAGUUAAUUGAAGUUAUAAAAAGAGCUCAAAUGCAAACUCACGAUUCCGAAUUUAGUCCGUUUCGCCAACGUAAUGUUGAUUAUGAACCAGGGGCAUCGGCCGCCAGAUCAUAUAGACCACAAACAUCGUUCAGUGGACAAUAUCGCCAAGGUCAAGGAUACUCGACUGAAUAUGGACCGGAAACCACAAGCAGUGGGCAGUAUCGCCAAGGUCAAGGAUACUCUACUGAAUAUGGACCGGAAACCACAAGCAGUGGGCAGUAUCGCUAUGGAUACUCGACACACUCGAAUUAUAGACAAGAAGCCUCGACCACUGAGGGCCGCCGUGGGUAUUCUACGGCUGUUCCAGACAGGCAAGAUAAUACUGUUUAUACUGAUGCGUUAUCACCAACUGACACAAAUGCAACAGAUGUGUCUCAGGGUUCUGAAUUACUAGAAUUAUUUACUACACAGGACAACUUGAACUAGGUAAUUCAUUACCAUACAUGUAAGAAAUAAAUACCUAAUAAAUGUUAAGAGACUGAUUAACAAUA